AUGGGAGAGAGAAGUGACGACGGAGAUCAGAAAAUGGAGGAAGUAUUGCUGCCCGGUUUUAGGUUUCAUCCCACCGACGAAGAGCUUGUAAGCUUCUACUUGAAGCGGAAGGUUCAACACCAUCCUCUCUCCAUUGAGCUCAUAAGACAACUCGAUAUCUACAAAUACGACCCCUGGGAUCUUCCAAAGUUUGCGAUGACGGGAGAAAAGGAAUGGUACUUCUAUUGUCCGAGGGACAGGAAGUAUAGGAACAGCUCGAGGCCGAACCGAGUGACUGGAGCUGGUUUCUGGAAAGCCACGGGAACGGACAGGCCGAUAUACUCGUCUGAAGGAAACAAAUGCAUAGGUUUAAAGAAGUCAUUAGUGUUCUACAAAGGAAGAGCUGCUAAAGGAGUUAAGACUGAUUGGAUGAUGCAUGAGUUUCGUUUGCCUUCUCUCUCGGAUCCAUCUCCUUCUUCUAAGAGGUUCUUCGAUUCUCCUGUCUCUCCAAACGAUUCAUGGGCUAUAUGCAGAAUCUUCAAAAAGACAAACACAACGACCCUAAGAGCUCUCUCUCAUUCCUUUGUUUCCUCGUUACCAUCAGAGACAAGCAUCGACACAAUGUCCGACCAAAAACCAUCAUACACAUCCCACUUUUCUUCAGACAAGAUCCUCAAAACUAGCUCUCACUUCCAGUUUCACCAUGAGGAUGUGAACACUUCCAAAACUAGCACUAGUACAACUCCUUCUGUUGCCACUAUAAGUCCCUUCUCUUACUUGGAUAUUACCUCCUACGAGAAACCCACCAACGUCUUUAAUCCGGUUUCUAGUUUAGACCAACAAUACCUCACAAAUCUUUUUCUUGCCACACAAGAAACACCGCCUCAGUUUCCAGGGCUCGCAUCGUCUAACGCAUUCCCCUCUUUUCUUUUAAACACGUCUUCAUCAGAUUCGACCUUCUUGGGAGAAUACACAAGCCAGAUUGACAUAAGCGCGGUGUUGGCCCAAGAGCAGUGUCCGGCUCUCGUAAGCCUACCACAAGAGUAUCAAGAGAAGAGAUUUGAGGGAAAUGUGGAAAUGAAGAACAUGCGUGGUUCCAGUGAAGAUCAUCACAGUCAGUGUGGCACACCUCAGUUUGGUGACUACGUUUCAAGAAUUGAUGAGAACCAUCGUCAACAUCAAGAGUUGAAUCAGAACAUGACGUUGCUGGAGAAUUAUUAUUCCUCUUUGUCGUCCAUUAAUGGCGAUUUGCCUGUCUGUUUCUCCACCACUUGA